AUGUCGUUUCCUGAAGUGGUAGUCAUUCUCUUAGACAUAUCAAAGGCAAUGUUGGCACCAGCAAACCAACUUGAUUCAAAGUUAAAGUGUGCUAUAACAGGAAUAAUUCACUUUUUAAAACUCUGCCCGUGGCAAACAAUUACAUGCAUCACUUUUACUUCGAACUGUAAAGUUCUGCAAGAAUUUACUAAUGAUCAUACCUUAUUAACCGAAGCUUUAAAUAAGUGGGAGUUUCGCUCGGACGACCCCUCCGGGGAAAUACAAGUGGCCUUGGAAUUCGCUGAACAUUAUGUAAUUGAGAAGUUCGGUUCAAGUCAAGCGUGUCAAAUUAUUGUAAUUACAGAUGGUCGAAUACCACAAGCGGAUGAAGUUAGUAAAGAUGAUCAUUCAAAACAAACCAAUUAUACAUUGCAAUGGUAUAAAAAACUUUUAAACAGACAUUUACCGUCCAGAAUUACUAAAAAUCACCCUAAAGUUGUACCAUGUAAGGGCAUCCUUUCUCUUGGAAAAAUAACUAUGUCAAUACACAUAUAUCCUAUCAUCCAUAUCGAUGAUGGUGUACAGCAAUCGAUAAAAAUUAUGUCUAUUGUGGGAUUUAAGCCAAAAGAAGUACUACAAGGGGAAUCUACUUAUCUGCGAUUUUGGAUGUUUUUAAAUGAUGAAAUUAAAGAAAAUGAGUGCAAUGAAUAUUUUCACGUCUUAAGUUCAUCAUUGAAAAAAGAAAAUCGAGUAGCAAUCGUUUGGUUGCAAAACAAUACAUACGCCACCAUAGAAGCACCGCCUUCUGGGUCAUAUUUCUAUUUCACAAUGUAUUCACAUGAAAGUGCAAAAAAUUUGAUGAUCCCAUCAUCGACACUUAUAAAUACGCAGCCCAAGAGUUAUUUAUCUAAUAACAUCGAAUUACCUAAAACAGAAUUUGUUGAGUCGAUGUUGAAUAAAAUCCCAAGAUACGUUGCAAAUUUGCCGAAUGAGACUGCCAAAUUAACAACUGUUAUUCAGCAAAUUUCGAGAAUUACUGAUAUGUUUUGCUAUACAUCGCUUCGGGAAAAAGUAAUUGAGAAUUUGCAAGACCUACGAAUUCAAUCACCAGAAGCUGAGAACCGGGCAAUCCUUACGCAAUGCUUACAACUAUUAGGUGAUACCGACUUAGAAGAGGAAGAUGAUGAAAUUGAAGCAAUGGAUUAUGAAGAAGAAAGAGAGGAUCCUGAAGACUACAAAGAUCAUAGAAAUGAAGAACGUAGUAAUGCUAGGAUCUCACUCAAUGAUUUGUUGAAUUGGUGA